GCCGAGCAUAUGCAUCGCCCACUGCUCACCAUCCCAAUCAAGUCUUUCAUCUUCGACAGUCGAGCUUACCGCAUUACGAAGGAUGUCUUGCAGCUGUGGAUCAAGCUGCGGCUGCGGCUCAAACUGCAACUGCGGCAAGAUGUACCCUGACUUGGAGGAGAAGAGCGGCGCCACCGUGCAGGCCACCGCCGUUGUCCUUGGCGUCGGGCCCGCGACGGUGCAGUUCGAGGAGGCCGCCGAGUCCGGUGAGGCCGCCCAUGGCUGCAGCUGCGGCGCCAGCUGCAAGUGCAACCCUUGCAACUGCUAAGGUGCCAGCGGUCGAUGCGCUUGUGGUGAUUGUGCCGUGUGUGAUCGAGUGCAAAUAAUGAAACCGGCCCUGGCCAUCUGGUUGGUGUUGUGGUGUGGUUUGCUCUUGGUGUCCUUGUGACUUGUGAAACUUGGUGUUUGUGUGCGCGAGCCUAUGUGUGCGUGUCUUUGAAAUGGUUCAUCCGAACUGAAGUGAAUAUACAGAACAGGUUCACUCAAAGUGUGAAUUAUUA